ACUCAACCCAAUGAAUCAGUCACUCCUCACUAACUGAACUCCUACCCAAAAUGAGAUUACUAUGAGGAACUCCUGAAAUUGACCAAAAUAGGAGAGGAAUACCUGUUAUAGCAGAGAGGGUUGUAUGUGAUUUUGUAAUCUACUUUUGAACUUAAUCAGUUUGACCUUUAGGGCUUAACUUAUUAUGUUGCCUGCCUAAAAAGAUCUUAUUUCACAAUGUAAUUAGACACACGUGCUCAAGCAUACUGUGUGACGACUUUUGUUUAUUUUCUGCUGCUUUUGUAUCAUAACGCCAUUUUUAACGACAGAGAUGAGGAGGUUUAGCGCAAAAGUCUUUUCCCUGUAAUUGUCCAGUUAAGUACCCUCCCCCCUAAUGAGGAAAAACAAAUACAUGGCACCAAAGAGGCGCGUCUCCCAAGAUAGGCAAAUUUCUAUUCCUUCCCGCGUUAGUCGCGUAAAAUGACUCAAAUACAUGUUGUGCGUUUUCUGUGGACUCACGGUUCUUCAUGUAAUAAUGCGUCAUGCGCGCCUCAUAGGUUCUUGUUUAGGUAUGUGUGGUCAGUACAUGGCAGAGCUGUGUGUGGUGCAGAGGAAGCAGGAGAUCACUGCUGCCCCCCUCACUUCUCCACUGAGCCUCAGGAGAGUGGUGGGAGAAGGACUGCAUGGGGACUGCACGGCUGCACAGUGAGCGUUUCUUCUCCGCUCUGAUUUGGAAACGAAACUGCAAACACGCAGUUAAACCAUGAAGGGUUAGGCCAUUUUGAAAGUUUAUGUUUAAAACAAUUUCGUGAGUUGCGGUUACAAGUGAUCUGAAUCCUGCUAUGGAGGACUUCUUGAGCCAAAAUGAGUCUGAGCACUGACAAUGCCACAUACUUGUGGAAAAAUGGUUCCUCGGAACUCGACUGGACUCUGGGCGCGUCCUCCAGGGUCAACUUCACCAACAGCUCUGGAGAAAACCACACGGAGCCCAGCGAGGUGGACCUCACCCGAGCCAUCCCGCUCGGCUUGGUGCUGGGAGCUUUCAUUGUGUUCGCAAUCGCAGGCAACAUCCUCGUCAUCCUCUCGGUGGUGUGCAACAGGCACCUGCGCACCCCGACGAACUACUUCAUCAUUAACCUGGCCAUCGCCGACCUGCUGCUGAGCACCACGGUGCUGCCGGUGUCUGCUACUCUGGAGAUCCUAGACUACUGGGUGUUCGGCAGGAUCUUCUGUGACAUCUGGGCGGCGGUGGACGUGCUGUGCUGCACCGCGUCCAUCAUGAGCCUGUGCGUAAUAUCCAUCGACCGCUACAUCGGAGUGAGCCACCCGUUGCAGUACCCGGGCAUUGUGACGGAAAAGCGGGCUCUGCUGGCUAUGCUCGGAGUGUGGGCGCUGUCGGUGGUCAUCUCCAUCGGACCUCUGUUCGGUUGGAAGCAGCCGCCGUCGCCGGACGACACGGUGUGCCCCAUCACGGAGGAGCCAUUUUACGCGCUCUUCUCCUCCCUCGGCUCCUUCUACAUCCCUCUCGUCGUAAUUCUGGCCAUGUACUGCCGGGUGUACAUUGUCGCCAAACGGACCACUAAGAACCUGGAAGCCGGUGUGAUGCGCGAGAGGAUGAACUCCAGUGAGCUGACGCUCAGGAUCCACAAGGGCUCACAGGUGCACGAGGAGCCCGGCAGUUCAGGCACCGGCAAAGGCCGCGCGCACCAAGCGAGAAGUUCCCUCACAGUGAAACUUCUGAAAUUCUCCCGGGAGAAGAAAGCUGCAAAAACUUUGGGAGUUGUGGUCGGCAUGUUUACGCUUUGUUGGCUGCCCUUCUUUCUCGCCUUACCCAUAGGGUCUUUUAAUGUGAACUUACGUCCACCUGAUCUUCUCUUCAAAGUGAUCUUCUGGUUGGGCUACUUCAACAGCUGCCUGAACCCCAUCAUCUACCCCUGCUAUAACCGAGAGUUCAAGCUGGCCUUCAUUCGCAUCCUAAGAUGCCAGUGUCACCAGCGGAAACGCCCAGGCUGGAGGGCAUACAAUUACCGUUCCUCCAACUUCAGCUCCUCUGGACAUUCACGCAAAGGCUCAGCGGAUCACAACUCCAGCUGCUUGAACGGCAGCCAGCGUACCCUGCCCUCUUCAGCCAGUCCAAGCCCCAGCUACCUGACCAAAGGUCUCCCACCUUGCCCUGAAGGGGAAACAUUAUACAUCUGGGGGGCCACCACCCCAACUCCCUCCACACCCAACCUGCUGCCUGGCAGCCCUGCAGACUGCGAGCAGGGAGCACUGACUGGGGAGGUAAGAGGAGGCAAAACAGCUGAGGAGACAACCGGUGGAGUUUUCGCUUUCUCUUUUGGGAAAAAUCGAGACAAGGGAGGGAUCAACAAGGACAGGACCACGUCUGGUGACAAGGUGUGACUGUCUUAUUGAGAUUUGUUUGUUCCUUUGGAAUUGGGAUUGAAGUCACAGAGAGUGGAUUGAGGGUUUUCACAGACUUGCUGUAUUCACUGUAUAUGGCCCUAUGUUCUUUCAUCAGUGGAUUUUCGUUGUCAUUGUGGUCAGUGUAAGGUGAAGAUAACCAAGUAUUGACGAUACUGCUGUAUCAGAAGUAUUAUGUAUUUGUGUUACUGCAUCUGUGACAGACAAGACAGUUUCUUUCAAUGGACUGUAAAGAAAUAAAGUUACUGUUCACCACCCUCUUUGGGAGUGUGUGGUGCACACACAAGUGCAUGCAUUUUGAUUAAAUUAAACAUUAAUUUAAAGGAAACAGGACACAUUUUCAGACACGAACCAUACCCAACACAGCCUUCCCUUGACCCCCUUAGUUAAAAAUCCCUGUAAGAAGACUAAACAUGGCGAAAAACAUGAACCAUGUAAAAUGUGUGAUAAGACAAAUGAUCACCUUUCUGUUGCGGUCACUUGAUAUCUUCAUGGUAUGUUGUGGAAAUAAAGUAUAACCUGGUUUAUCUGCUGUGCGCACAAUCAUCAGAUAUCAUCUUGUUUGUAUGUUUGAUGUUCAAAUAGGUCUGAGUAUCAGUAUUACAAAUGUGACCGAUACAUGAAUAAACAUAGAAUGUUGCUCAGAUGCUGCUCAGAAGAAAACUUUCUCUGUAACUCUAUUUACUGGAUGUGAAAAGUACUUGUGCCGUUAUAUCUCACAGGACAGUCAGUGGAUGUUAGUUGUUUUCAAACAUGAAAAGAAGAUAAAUCUGAUGGCUUUUAUGUAUUACAUACAAGUGCUUGCUCAUGGGGGUUUUGUUGGGUCUCUCUAAAAACCAAAUUAAAAAGUUUGGUCUAGAUCUGUUCUAAUUCGAAAGUGUCAUGAGACAACUGUUGUUGUGAUUUAUAUAAAUAAAUUGACUUGAAUUGAAUUAUAAAGAAAGGGAACUCUGAUCACAGCUCAGCCAUGAGAAGUGAUAACCAUCCAUAACUGUUCGUCAGUACCAUGAAAACUAACCCCACUCACUGGGUAUAAAUCUUCUCUGAAGAAAGAACAGAAGGCUGUUGAAACACUGGGUUUGAUUGUGGGGGUCUUCCUCUUCUGGUUGCCUCCUUUCUUCUUUCCUUUCCUUCUGUGUUCAUGUGGCUCAUCUUCUGAAGGGCUCCAGCGUAAGCCCCCUGGUCUUGGAGACAUCCAUGUGGCUUGGAUAUGCUAACUCUUCUCUGAACCCUUUGCUCCAUUACUCAUUCAACAAGAAACACUGUCAUGUAUUUGUAGCCAC